AUGAAGCCAAGUCCACUGGAUAUGGGCUAUGCCAGACCUCUCGAGUUCGCUCUGUCAAUCGUUGUGAGGACCAGUCCUAGCCCGCUCGACUUUCAGUUCGCCGCCGAUACACUCGUGUCACAAUGGCCUGUACUGAACUUGCGAAUGGAUCCGCUGAAAACGAAAUUCUUGGAUCCGAAAGACCCCGGUGACCUAGCCGAAGUGUGGAAAGGGAAAAUCCUUAAGCAAGAGCUCAGCGAGAUUCUCCAAGUCUCCCCCAAGCCGGACUCACCACAAUUGAUUGACUCCGAGGCAUUCGAUAAGGCGUUAGAUUUUGGGUAUGGAGUCUUGCAUGCAUGGAGGCAGCGAGUAUUCUCUAUACGAACGGUGUUCUUGACCGAUGCCUGCAUAAUAGGAUUCCAGUUUCUGCAGCCUCUUUGCGAUGCAAAUGGUGCUCAUCAAAUAGUCCAGGCUUAUUGUAGCCUGCUUAGGGGAGAAAAGAUUACCCACAGCCUCCAUGCCCGACCACUCUUGUCACUGAAAACAGAAGUAAUCGAAAAAUGCGUGGAGAAGAUUGAGUGUCAUCGAAUCGCAGAUCUGCACAAAUAUUCCAUGAAUCGGACUUGGAUAGCAGGAAUUACGGCCCUCGGGAAACAGAUUGGGCGAAAUAUAUGCUACCCUUCAGCGAGACGGAUCGGCAAGACCUUGUUGGUCCCCCGAGGGCAAAUCCAGAGAUGGAUAGAAGAGGCCGAAAAUAAAAAGGUCAAGGUAACUGAACAUGAUCUCUUGCUGGCUUUUAUCUACAAGGUCAGUGAUGCUACCUGUCAUACAGUUUGCCCCAAAUUGGAGAAGCUCACUAAGACCAUACCUGCACAGGCUUCUUUACACUCACCGACUGCCCACAACUUCGGCUUAACCAUCGAUAUCUCAAAACAACUCCAGUCAGAGGCAAACCUUUCUAACCCCUGGUACAUGAUGCCCCUGCCGGAUCCAAUACCAACAAGCGAAUAUGACUCCCCUUCAUUGGUUCGACUGGCAACACACAUUCGGCGUGCGGUUCACGAAGGGCAGCAAUCAGAAUGCAUCGCAGAGAUAAUCGCUCAGCACAAAAACCCGACGAAAAGACCCAUGGUCCCAAAAUCAUACGGCAGCCGCGCGGCUCAACCGCGCAUCACUUCAUGGAAAAGCCUGCCGCUCUAUGGUCUCGAUAUCGAAGGCGAAUGUCCGCUCUUCGUACAGGGCAGUGUUGACUACUGCGGACUUCUGCGACAGACCAAGACUCACUUGGAUGAUUUGGUUGUGACGUGGAAAGGGCGGAGCCAGGAUGGGAAUGAUGGUGGUUAUUGGAUUCAUGGGAGGCUGCCUGAAUUUGUUUGGAGGCGCAUGGCGAAUGAUUUGAACUGCCAAGAUUAA